AUGAAUUCACUGUGUCCCAGUUGUGACAAAAAACGGGGUUCUAUGAACAACACUAACUGGAUUCGGCAUAAGGAAUCUUGUCAUAAAAAGUCUAAGACUCUUAAAAAAGCUGCUUCCAGUACAAUUUCAAAAUAUUUUAGCAAAAUUGAAGUUAUUGAACAACCACUUUUGGAUUAUACAUUUAGUGAUAUUGAGAAACGAAGUGAGCCUAAUGAUCAAAAUUAUAGUAAUUCUUAUGUAAAAGUAGUUCAGAAUAAUGACGAACAUAUUAUUGAUAGCAACUUGCAUGAGGUGAUUGAUGGAGUGGACAAAACAUUAUCAAUUUUUAAUUUGAAAAAUAUUGAUUUACAAAACUGUUUGUUUCCAAAUGAUCCUAUUAGAAUUCCAUCUAAGCUCUCACAUGUUUUGCUCAAUUAUUUUUUUGAACAAGGUGCGUGCCAACCCAGUCCUUUUGAUUUACCCAGUAAAAUGUUUCCAAAAACAAAAGACUCGACGGGAAAGUUACGUUCAUUUCACGAAUGUUACUAUUUUACAAAUAUUCCCACUAAACCAACUCCAAUUAAACGUCAGUGGCUGUCAUAUUCACCAACAGUAGACCAAAUAUUUUGUACAACUUGCAAACUAUUCAGUUUAAAAAAGGGCAAGAAUCGCAAUUUAGUAGACCAUGGAUCUAACAAUUGGAAACAUUUAAAAAGAACUAUUGAAAACCAUGAAUCCUCAACAGAACAUUUACAAGCAGAAAUAAGUUGUGGCAUUUAUACUAAAAAUCAACGUUUGGAUUUAACGCUUUUGCAUUCUGCUAAUCAACAAAUUGCUUCAAAUAGGGAAUUAUUGCGAGUGAUCAUAGAUGCACUUUUAUAUACUGCUCGCCAAAACAUAGCUCUCCGUGGACAUAAUGAAAAAAAAUCUUCCCUUAACAGAGGAAAUUUUUUAGAGCUUUUAAGUGUAUUGAGUAUUAACCAUGCUGGUUUAAAAUAUCAUUUAGAUCAAAUAAAUAUGUCUAAUACACGCCAAAGAGUAUCAUUUAUAUCAAACAGAAGCCAAAAUAAAUUAUUGAAUAUUAUGUCUGAAUCAAUUCGUUCACAAAUAUUAAAAGAUGUUAAGGAUGCAGGAAUAUUUUCAGUAAUCAUUGAUACUACCACUGAUAUAGCCAAUUAUGAACAGCUAACAUUUGUUUUGAGGUAUGUGAACAAUAGUGGUAGUAUUGAAGAACGUUUGGUAGCUUUGGAAACCACAGCUGAUGGAACCGGGCAAGGGUUAUUUAAAAAAUGUUGCAGUAUAACUGAAAAGUAUAAUUUAAAUUGGCGUCAAAAUCUAUGUGCGCAGUCCUAUGAUGGUGCCGCAUCUAUGCAGGGCAUAUAUUCUGGUCUUCGGACAUUAAUUCAAAAAGAAAAUCCCAACGCUAUAUAUGUAUGGUGCUUUGCACAUCUACUGAACUUGGUUGUUGUAGACACUUGUGAUUGUUGUGAAGUAACGAAACAUUUUUUUGGUGAAGUUCAAGCAUUAGUUUCAUUUUUUCGGGCAAGAAAAAGAACUGCCACUUUCAUCGAAAGUCAACAGAAGUUAUAUCCAGGUGAUAGAACACGCCGGCUAAAAUGUUUUUCCGACACUAGGUGGACUUCACAUGGAAGGGUUAUAACUGUUCUUUUUGAAAGAUUUGGAGCAAUAUUAGAAACAUUAAAAAGGUUAGUAAAUGACAAUGAUAGAGUAACUUCAUCAGGUGCUAAAAGUCUUUUAACUGUAAUCACAUUUGAGUUUAUACUUACAAUGAUCUUAAAUAAAAAUAUAUUUGCAAUAACCACACCUUUAUCCAAUUACUUACAAAGUAAAUCCAUAGAUUUUAUCCAGGAAUUAAAUUUGGUGGAUGCAUCAAAAGAAAAAUUAACUUCUAUGCGCUGUGAUGCAGAAUUUGAACUAACAGUAAAUAAAGCAAAACGUUUUGCUGAAAAAUACAAUAUAUCAGAAUAUAGAACAAAUACAUACUUUAAAGUAUUGGAUCAAAUAAUUUCAUCAAUUAAUUCUAGAUUUAGUGGUGCCAGAGAAAUACUUAAGGAUUUAUCUCUUUUAUCUCCUGAACGACUUAUGAAUAUGAAAAAAGACAAUAAAUCCAUUCCAGAAGAUAGUUUUCACAAUAUAUCAAAUUGGUUAAAAGAUAUUAACGGAAAUGAUUUGAAACGUGAAUACAUUAUGUUUAGUCAUAGUUUAAAAGAUCUCGUUUCUGGAUUAGAAACACCAUUAUUGUUACACAAGCCAGAUGGCUCAGAUGAUACGUAUGAUACGGAUUCAAGUGACAAUACUAAUACUGAUGAUGAGAACAACAGAGGUCUAGUAAAUCCGGAAACCAAUAUAACAGUUAAUACAAUUUUGCAUGUACUAUCCAAUUAUAAUUUGAUGUCAGCUUUCCCAAACUUAUACUUGGCCUAUAAAGCACUUGGAACUAUACCUGCUACUUCAGCGUCAGCAGAACGUACCUUUUCUAAGGUGAAGUUAAUCAAAACCAGAUUAAGAUCCACUAUUGAUCAAAAGAGACUGGAAAGUUUGAUGUUAAUCAGUUGUGAGAAAGACAUACAAAUUAACUAUAAUGAAGUUAUUGAUACAUUUGGAUUAUCAUCACAAGUUUUAAAGGAUGCAUUGAUGUUUAAAUAA